CUUGGGCGGUUUCCGUCUAAUUCAUUUGGCGGUUGGUUUGUGUUUUAGUCCAAGGUUGGCGAUGGCGAGAAAGUUGAAGAGGUUCGAACAGGCACGUGUCUGCAAGGAUAGUCUGUGGUAACUAACUUAUUAAGAGCCUCAACUCUCUUUCGGGAGAACAAUCAACAAUCCAACCUCAUUCUUCCAUCCCUAGUGUAUUCUUCAGCAGAGAACCCUUUUGAAACCAAGUCCUGCUCAAGGGUUAUUCCCCAUCAUGGGAGCCAGUUGACACCUUUGUUAUUGCUACGGAGAGCAUUGGCCAAGUUGCAACAUAUUUGGAAGCUAAAUAUCGCAGUCGCUAGCAACUUACUUAGCUGUCGUUCCUCGUUUGAUCUCGGAGCUCAAUUUGCAGAAAUACGAAAAGGUCGAGAUACAUGCAGGCUGCCGUUCAUUUGGGGUUCUGGUCUCUAUGCUUUUAGUUACUGGCUAGCGGAGAGAUCUUCUCUUGCAAUUGUGUUGUGAUCCCGCCGCUACCUACCGUGCUGUUUGCUUCCCGGUUAUUCAGCACCACUUUGAGUCGUGCUACGAGUCGACUAACCCCUCUAAUAACGAUUGCGGUGGUUAUCGUGAAUGUGAUUGUGAGUUUCAACAGCGGAUGGUUUCAAGAUGCAGAUGUCUCUGUGUGGGCACCUUUUUCUGCUUCUCCUGCGUUUUCAAUCACCAAAACUUGGAAAACUGACGAAGUUUAAAGUGGUAGAUAUCUAUCUAUAUGUACAUGUACAUACCGUUUGGUAUAUAUUAGAUUCCACUAGCGCCGUCCAUGUCUUCGACAAUGCGGCAAGAUUGCGAAGUUUGGGGUAAUUCUCAAGGAGGCAGCUGGUCCCUGCAAUUUCUAGAACAUCCAGAAUGGCACAACAACAUUCUCUUGCAUUUUUAUAUUCUAGAAGGAUGAUAUCUGAUUCCAGAAACGAGACACACUGGAUAAAUGUCUUUUAUUAGGGCUGAUCGAUACAUUGUGGCAGUUUCACAGCUGAACUGCAUACGCAUUGCCUUCUUUGCUAAUGCGCCUCAAUACCAAAAUAUCACAAAUAAUCUGACCCAAGAGCUUUGUGCGGGUAAAGAUCUUAUGUCUUGCAGAAACGGUUGGAGUUUUCCAGGUUUCUUCCCGGUUUGCAAGACCGCGACGAGAAUUCACGCAAUUUGAUUGACCGUUACUGUCGUUAUUCAAACCCGAAAUGGGUUUGGUCAACCUCAGCCCAGCAUCAACGUCCGCAGCACACGAACUUCCAUCUUCAAGCAUAGAGUUGUUACUUCACUUUUGCUACUUCUAUACCUAUUUACUGAUUUUCACUUGCUUAUUCUCCCUUAUUAGUGGCACGUUAUUGUGACUUCCACCUUGAAUAACUCACUGCAUUGGACGUGCAGUUUCCUUCACCACGCUUAAGAUCUAGGUUUCAUCAUGGCUCAAGAGCCAAUUUUCUAUCCUGGAGCUCAAUCCUUGAUGGAGAUAUAUAUUGCUUGUUUUCUCAAUGAGUUCGACAUCGUUUUCUUCAACGUUGUUUCGGCUUCAUGCUUCAUUUCUUCCCUCGAUUACUUCUAUAUCCAUUUCGAUAAAUAUCUACGCUUGAUAUCUCACAGCUUUCGUACUCUGAUUUCUCCUUCGCUGGCUCAAACUUCAUAUCAUACCAGAAGAUUUAAAUUCCCUUUAUCUGCCCGCUCCGUUAAUCUUGAGCUUGGGGUUGGUUUUCAACCGCCUUCGGAGCGAGUUUACCUACAGAUCUUUUCAUCGUCCACUUAGACCUCCCCGAUGGAUCUACCUGGACCUCCUUACUACAGAUCAACUGCAGCUAUCGUUUUGCCCAUUACAGCAUUGAUGUCCGUCCUGGUUUGCAUUCCUCCUCUGGUUUGGCACUCACGGACCGGAAAUUUCGCUGCAUCAUGUCUCAUUGGUUGGUUCAUUAUAUUCAACUUCUUCAACUUUAUCAACCCCUUGAUAUGGCCUACAGAUGAUAUUUCUACGUGGUGGGAUGGUGCUGGUCUCUGUGAUAUAGAGACAAAGUUCAUGGCUCCGCUUGGAGCAGGAAUUGCAGGGGCUCUCGCCUGCAUAUUUCGCUCACUUGCAGAGGUCAUGAACGCAGAUCGUGCUACCUUGAUUCCCAGCAAGAGCCAGCGAAGGCGUACUCUUGCUUUUGAAAUUGUUUUCUGCGUAGUCAUCCCUGUCAUUAUGAUGGCUCUUCACUACGUUGUCCAGCACCGUCGUUAUUACUUAUGGGCAAUCGUUGGUUGUAUGCCUGCGUUCCACCCGAGCUGGCCCUCCACAGCUCUCAUCUUCACAUGGCCGUUGGCUGUGUUGUCGCUGGCUGUAAUCUACUGUGUCCUGGUUAUAUACCGGCUCUUCAAAUACCGACAGCAAUUCUCUUACAUCGUGUCCGUAAGUAGCAAAACAAGCAAGUCGAGAUUUAUCCGUCUCCUUGUUUUGUCCCUGGUAUUGCUUCUGGGCAGCUUUCCUUCGCAAGUUUAUGUUUUCUACCGAAAUAUCGAAAUGUCAAAGCCCUGGGUGCCGUACUCCUGGGAUGACGUCCACGGGCCGGAAUGGGGACACAUCGGAAAAUCACCUAUGAAUGGCAUAGUCUAUUAUGACCGCUGGAUCCAAGUUUCAUGCGGCUUCCUACUAUUCGCAUUCUUUGGAUUCGGAAAGGAUGCAACUUUAAUGUACCGAGCAUUCCUCAUUCGAAUCGGCUUGGGUCAAAUUUUCCCUUCUUUGGAGCAUCCUCAUAUUGCCACCACCAGAGCCUCAGAUUCAACUCGGUUUGGAUCUUUCGGUAGUCGCGCCAAGAUGGCUCUGAAGAAGAAACAAUCAAUGGAUGAGUACUCACCGACUCUUUGGACUGUACGGUCGAAUUCUGAAUCCACAAACGCCACAGCGAUUAACGAGAAUGACCACCAUUUCGCCAGCCUGGAUAUAAUAAAUAAGCCGCUACCGCCAGCACCCUACCCUCCCAAUUCGAAUAGCCGUGUCAUAAGUAUUGCCCCAGUGUCAGAAAUGGAUUUCGACAACGAUACUAGGAUCCAUGAAAAAAUGCCGAAGUUUAGAGAAGUCUAAGUACCUCUCAAGGUUUUCGGUGGUGUAAUCAGUCUGUUAAGCGAUAGUUGAUCGGGUUAUUGAUAUUUUCUUUUGUAUAUUUGUUUGGUAUAGUCUCUCCUUUUCCAUAUCGCACAUCCCUCCCCCUGAUUCUCAAUCUGUAGUUACAUAUUUGCGGAAUCCCUUUUAUUCCAACCCUUGUGCUUGCCGAGACACAAGCACUGCACAUGAAUCCUUGUUUUACCAUAUUUCUUUAUGUAAAUUGCAUUCGGCGAGUUUCUUUUGUCUCUCUCCCCUGAGCUGCUCUUCUGGAUUUAAUUCGUUUUCCUCAAAUGUCAGCGGAAAACUGGAGAGGCGGCCGGCGUGCAUUGUUUGGUCCUUUCCAUGGAGGAUGUGGAUCAUUCACGGGACGGGAGUCGGAAUUUUACACCUGACAUGGAUUCACCCGCCCAGAGGGUAACCUACACCAAAUUCCUUUUAAACUCAUUUUUCGCCGGCCUCAGUAUUUCCUCCACCUUGCUACGUCCACGUUCAUUUCUAUUCCCAUCGUGUUCCCCGUCCUUUUGGCAUGAUUCUGUAGGCCCUAGUUUUGUCUCUGAUUUGCCUUAGAGUAUAUGUGGAGCGUCAAACAAGAAAUAUUCAAUCUCAUGGAAACCCCGAUGCUCU